AUGUCGACCCCAUCUCUACCCAACGUUUUUUUCGACUUCACUAUCGAUGACAGGCCCGUGGGGCGCGUUGUCUUUCGGCUGUACGACGAUGUUGCACCGAUGACUGCUCGCAACUUUCGCGAGCUUGCGACGGGACAGCACGGCUUUGGCUACUCUGGCUCGGCGAUACACCGUAUCAUCCCUGGGUUUCUGAUACAAGGAGGAGACAUAACGGUUAUGGAUGGUUCAGGUGGCCGGUCGAUCUAUGGUCGUCCUUUUCGUGAUGAGUCGUUCAUACGGAGGCAUGAUCGCCCAGGACUCUUGUCUAUGGGAAAUCGCGGGCCGCAUACAAACACCUCGCAGUUCUUCAUCACUGUUGCACCUGGUCCCCAUUGUGACGGGAAGAACGUCGUAUUUGGAGAGGUGGUGUCUGGAUUUGAGGUUGUGAAGGACAUCGAGAGGCAUGCUUCUCCGACAGACAUUCUUCGCCGCCCUGAAGCUAGUAUCGUCAUCUCAGAUUGUGGCGUCUUGACAUGA